AUGAGCCACCAGCAACAGCCCCCUCCACCCCCUCGGCCACCACCCCCUCUCUACUUUCCUUCCCUCUAUGACCGAACAACACAAAACACCCCCCUAACUGACUGCAGCCUCUGGCGAAAGCUUUUUGUGCCAUUGCGAGGGAGUGAAGUUGGACCCACUGGCCCUCAGAGACCUCCGCCUGGGCUUGGCAUCCUCCCACCAGCCAAUGACCGCUGCUGCGCACCUCCUUGGCCACCAGGCCUGGCUCCCAUCCCAUAUGAGCCAUUGCGCUUCUUCUGUCCUUCUGCCGAGAGCAUGCCUCAGUAUGGUACUGGAAUACAUCAGCAGCAACAGCCAGAUGGGGAGAUCUGUGAGCUUGGCAUCCGUCUGAAGGAGCUAGAAUUGCUGGCACUCACUGGGGAUGGCUCAGAUCCACAGCAGUAUAAGCUUCUGAAGGCUCUAAAAGAUGAGAAGACACAAGAUGUAAUGACUGGAUUGACUCUGAAGAAAAAUUCACCUGCAUCAUGAGAGUUAUUUACGUCUGAUCUCACAUGAUUCUAUGGACAUUGUGUAUU